GUCUCAUUCUUGAAUAGUGUAUAAAUAGUCUACCUGCAUCCCUAGUAGUGCUUAUGACCCCAUGUUGUGGCUUCCGCGAUUUUCUAUGUUCCUACCACAAGUUUAGAUGCUAUUGCACCACAAUUAUCAUUCUCUGACCUUUGCCUUUCACAGCAUACAUUUACGGUGUUAUACUUCGAAAUGGAUAUUAUUCCUCGCAUAUUUGAGCGUCUUGGAUGGCGUCUAUCCAAAACGGAGCCAGCUGUCCCCAUAGCUCGACCGAACGCACUGGGAUCAUCGCCUUUCCGGGAGCUCCCACUAGAACUCAUUUGCCACAUAGCAAGCUCUCUACCGCUCGAAUCAGUAGGAAGUUUAAGUCUAUCGUGUCUUCAUCUUUAUUCAUGCCUUAAGAUGAAGUAUUUACAGCCUCUUAAAGAAGCUGAAUACUCUGUUAUGAACAGAUUCCUCUGUUUACUAGAACGAGAUUUACCAGCUUAUAUCGUCUGCCCGGAAUGUAAUAAGCUACAUUAUAUGCCCUUUGCCGAACGUCACCUAGCGUCCGAAUUAUAUUCGUCCCCUAGCGGGGAUUCGUUGAAGUGUCGAAUUGCGGAUUCAAAAGGCCAUUACGUUGGCGGAAUUCCAGGCGGAUUCUCUUCGACCAUCUUCCGUAUGGCUAUGAAAUCCCACAGACAAGGCAAAGACACUACCACUCUUCUACGCCUACUGUCCUAUAGAAAUAUGGAUAAAUAUCAGAUAGGCUUUGUGGAACUCCAUACGGCUGAAGCGCGGAUUUGCGACGGCUCGAUUUGCGACGGCUCGCUUUUCGUUCGUGAGCAGAAGGUGUUCAUGAUUCCACCUUCAGAGAAAACUCCUCUCCCAUGGAGUGGUGGUUUUGGAAUCUGUCGUCAUAUAGCCCUUACGGAGAUGUCAGACCUAUACUGGUGGGGGAUUCGGGUCCCGCAAGCUGACGAAAUUGACGGAUAUGAGAACAAGCAAGGUAUCAUAUAUUGCCAGCAUUGUCACACCGAGUUUAGAGUUGAUUUUAAGAGCUAUGGGGAGGCAGGAAACGCGCUGUUUAUCACGCAAUGGAUGGACUUAGGACAGGGACGAGAUGCAAAUGACUUUAAGCGGAGAAUUCGACUCAAUGGUUCUGAACGGCGGAAAAAAGUCACGUAUCAGCGAGGUUCCAUCUGUGCCGCCUUUGAGCAGAACACCGAAUUUAAGUUUGAUUCCCUCCUGACCGAGAAGGAUAAGAAGGAGUUACGCAUGCUGAGCCAUUGGUCAUGGCCCAUUAAUGUUACCGUAUUAGGUAAAGAAGUUAAAAUAGGUUAUGUGGUUAGAAACGGCAGGCUCGUCCCUAAAUUCUAA